AUGGAUAAGCAAAUUUCUCCAUCCGACGCUAUUUCAUCCUUUGAUGACGAAGUACCCAGAGGCUUAGAUGCUGAAGCCUAUCGUGAGUACUAUGAGAAGUGUUCGCCACGAGGAAAAACGAUUCUGGACAACGAAUGUCAGCCGCUAUUCGAGUGCAGAUCCUGUGGAGAAAUAUUCCGCAGUUUGAUGUUCUUCAUUUCUCACAAGCGCACUUUCUGUCGUGAGAUUCCGGGCGUUGAACUGCAAGACAGUCGGAAGCUAGGUGUACGGGAACCACAAACUGCAGCGAAAGUCGGUCGCCCUCCUAAGAAACGUGGUCCAAAACCAAAGAACUCAGAAGCAGUAAAAGGUCCGAAGCCAUCCAAAGUAUGUAAGAAACAAAGCGGGGAAACUCUCGGUGACCACAGCGGAGACGUCUAUAUCAAGUACAAUCUUCCAGAUCAGACCAAUCCUGACACUCGGGGCUGA